CUAUUUUUAAGCCAUCGGCGACUAUCUCACAGGGAAGGCCGGCCCCUGCCUUCCAUUCCACCCCAUCCCAGCUCGUCUCGUCACGAACACUGCCUAUAUGUCCCUCCCACACCUUGUCAUGCAAAUCUUUUUUGGCGAACGAUUUGUUCGAAUGCCGUGCGUGAUCAGGACAGGAUGACCCCGUCGUUGGCACCCUCCCCGCCGGCGCCGUUGCCGGCGCGUCUCGACAUGCGCUCGCCGAGGGUGGCGCCACCCCCGUUGCCUCCGCCGCUGGCCGUGGACGUGGCCGUCAUCGUGGGCGUCCUCACGGCCGUGCUCCUGGCCCUCUUCCUCGUCCUCAUCUACGCCAAGCACUGCAAGCACCGCGGACCCGGCGGCGGCCGCGGCGUGCCUGGGCUCGGGUUCGCGUCGUCCUCGUGCGAGCGGUGCCGCUCCGGCCUGAGCAGCUCCGUGCUGGGCGCGCUCCCGGCCUUCCGGUUCGGCGACAUGGGCGCCGCGGCGGCGGGCCACGCGACCGAGUGCGCGGUGUGCCUGGGCGCGUUCGACGCGGCCGAGCUGCUCCGCGUCCUGCCCGGGUGCCAGCACGCGUUCCACGCGGAGUGCGUCGACACGUGGCUGGUGGCGCACUCGACGUGCCCGGUCUGCCGCCGGCGCGUCGCCAAGGGGGACGUCUCCAUCGCGCUCCCCGAGCUGGAGCUAACAACACGGCUGGACGCGCGCGACGACCCUGCGCCGGUCGCGGGGAGGGUCCACGGCCGGCACUCGGCCAGCGAGGCGGAGGUGCAGGUGGUGGUGCACCGGGCAAGUGACCAGCCGAGGGAACGGUGGUCGAUGGACGGCUUGGUGGACCUGGUCGCGUAUCUCGAGGCGGCGAGGCAUCGGCGGGACCUGGUCUUUCUAGAGGAGAGCGCUCACGGAUCACGAGACCACAGCAGCAUCGCCGCAAUGCAUUCACCUGCUCCUCCUCCAUCUUGCUCCUGCACAGGAACGAGCUUUUAG